GUUGUCCGGCGCACGUCACUAGUCAAUGGGCUGACGUUUCUGCCGUGGGUGCGAGGCGAUAGCGGCGAGGCGUUCGGCGGCGCGGUGUUCAGCGACAAGGACGGCCUGCCGGCGCUGUCGGCCAAGCAGCAGCGGCGGCUGGUGCGGUGGCGGCGCGCUGGGCUGGCGGCUGGCUGCACGAUGUUCGCGCAGGCCGGGUGCGAGCACAUCGUGCAGGAGAUGGUCACCGACUGCUCGUUCGUGGCGGCGCUGUGCGCCAGCGUCGAGCACGAGCGGCAGUUUUCGCGGCAGGUGGUGACGCGGCACGUGUACCCGCGGCGGCGCGGGCAGGCGGCAGUCAGCGGCAGCGGCAAGUACCUGGUCAAGCUGUUCGUCAACGGGCUGUGGCGCCGCGUGGUGAUUGACGACCGGCUGCCGGCCGGCGCCGGCGGGCGGCUGCUGUGCACGUACUCGACGCGCGGCGACAUCGGGCCCAGCCUGCUGGAGAAGGCGUUCCUCAAGGUCAUGGGCGGCUACGACUUCCCCGGGUCCAACUCCAGCACAGACCUGCACGUGCUGACCGGCUGGGUGCCCGAGCACGUGUUUGUGCACGACGCGGGCUUUGACGCCGGCGCCACGUGGGCGCGGCUGGCCGACGGCGCGCGGCACGGCACGGUGCUGGCGACGAUCGCAACCGGCGAGAUCGGCGCGACGGCGGCUGGCGCGCUAGGGCUGGUUCCGGCGCACGCGUACGCGGUGCUGGACGUGCGCGAGGUGUGCGGCGAGCGGCUGCUCAAGCUCAAGAACCCGUGGAGCGCGCUGCGGUGGACCGGGCGCUUCAGCCCCGACGACGCGGCGCGCUGGACGCCGGCGCUGAUGCGCGCGCUGGGGUACGACCCGGCGGCCGAGCGCGAGGACUGCGGGCUGUUCUGGAUCGACUACGCGUCGGCGUGCCAGCACUUCGACGCCAUCCACCUCAACUGGGACCCGCGCGCCUUUGCGCACAGCGCGGCCACGCACUUUGAGUGGGCGGCGGGCGCCGGGCCGCAGCAGGCGCUGUACGACUUUAGCGGCAACCCGCAGUUCACAGUGGUGCCAGCCACGGUCUGGGCGCUGCUCUCAAAGCACCUGCUCAAGACCGCGCCCAACGGCGACUUCAUCGCGCUGCACGUGUAUGCCGACGGGCAGCGCGUCUACGAGCCGCGCGGCGCGCUGCUGAUUGGCGAGUAUACCAACGCGCCGCACGUGCUGGUGCGGCUCUCGGCGGCGGCCGGGGCGCGCUACACGCUGGUGGUCGCGCAGCGCGACAAGACCGCGUCGCUGUUCUUCACGCUGCGGCUGUUUGGCGACGCGGCGCUGCAGCUGAGCCGCGCGCCGCAGCCGGCGUUCAGCGAGGCCUACCGGCUGACGGUGGCGGCGCGCGCGAGCGGCGUGGUGGCGCUGCGCGCCGCGCAGGCCCACGCGGUCAACGUGCGCGUGUUCCGCACCGGCUUCCUGGUGACGCGCGUGCUGGAGGCCAACACGGUCGCGUCCUCCGGCAAGUACCGCGCGCGCUUCUGCACGUGCGCGCUGGACGCGCUGGAGCCUGGCAGCUACACGCUGGUGGCGUCGACGUUCGAGCCGUUUCUGUUCUCGCGCUUCACGCUGACCGUCGGGCUGGACGCGCCGUUCGCGCUGGCGCCGAUUGCGCGCGAGGGCGCCGGCAUGCGGCUGCGCGAGCUGCACGGCCGCUGGACGCCGGGCGCGCCGCCGCCGCGCUUCCUGGUGCAGCCGCCGGCCGGGUGCAGUGUGCUUGUGCGGCUGCAGACGCCGCGCGCCGAUCCGCUGCCGCUGGUCAGCGUCGCCAUCUUCGAGGCCGGCGCCGCCGAGCCGUGCGCGUCGUCGGGCAGCUUUGCCAACUCGCCGCAGGGCGUCGCCACGCAGCCGACGCGCAUCGGCGGCGCCGACUACCUGGUCGUGCCGGCCGCCUGGGGCCACGGUGCGGACGCGGCCUUUGUGCUGUACUUUUACUCGCAGCACGCGGUGGAGAUUACGGCGCUGGCGGACCAGCAGUGA